AUGGCGACCCAAAAGGGUGGACUUGCAGGAGUGGGAUUCAACAAGAAAGAUUUGUUCAACUACAUUGAGCAUCGAAUGAGGUCUACAAUAAAAGAUGGGGAUGCAAUGGCUUCUUUGAGUUAUUUACCUGGUAAGGCAAACAAUGAUAAAAUGUUUUAUGCAAAAUACUUGAUUUCAGAAGAUGGGAAAUUGAUGAAUUUGUUUCGGGCUGAUGUUAAUAGUAGAAUUGAUUAUCAAUGUUUUAGGGACAUGGUUGUGUUUGAUGAUAUGUACAAGAAGAAUAAGUACAACAAGCCAAUGGUUAUAUUUUUAGCAAAAAACCAUCAUUCAAAAAUUGUUACUUUUGGGUGUGAGCUAGUUGCAGGUGAAAUUACUAAUGCAUAUAAAUGGGUAUUGAAUACAUUUUUGGAAGUAAUGUGCAACAAGCAACCAAAGUCAAUUGUGAUAGAUGGAGAUCUUGCAAUAAGGGAGGCAAUCAAGGAAGUGUUCCCUAAUGCAACACAUAGACUCUUUCAGUGGCAUUUGUAG